CCCGGCCCCGCCCCUGGGAGUUGGCCGGCCAAUAGGAAGCGAGCGUUGACGUAGCGCUCUGGUCCCGUUACACUUCCUGAGAUUGGAGUUUGCGCGUCAGACGCCGCGGAGGAUCACACCGAAGGCGCAUCCCCCUCAGACAGGACCCCCGUUACUGUGCCCCAGCCACACUCGCAGCAUGGCCUUCCCCGGAUACGGAGGCGUGAGUAUGACAGGGCCGGCCGCGGGUAACCGUGGGAACCACAGCCUCCACAGACCACCUCUCCCUGGGAGCUCAUCCAGCCGCCUGGCCGAGGAGCAUCACGGGAAACGUGGCCCACCACAGCCGGCUACGGCCUACUCAUGCUCCCUCUGUGUGAGUGCUGGAGGGGCCUGUGUGGGUUCGGGGUGGGGGAGGGGAAACACCCCUUACCCAUUUCUGCUCCUCCAUUGCUUCCUCUCCAGGCGGAUCUGGGCGGUUUGAGCUGGUCCAACAUGGCUUUAUAAUGGCCACCCCUCCCCUCAUACAUGUACCCUGCUAUACUACUCAUACUGCACCCCUUCAUCACAACUAGAACUACCAAUCCCAUCAGGCUCUGAGAGGCUGCCAGGCAGCUGGGGGUUUGUAGAUAAAGAUAAAGUGUCUGGGUAUUUUUAUUCUCUGUUCCUUGGCUUAGGUUAUUUUUUUUUAUUUUUUAUUUUGGUGGAGUUAUAAAAUAAGCCCACUUAAGAAAUAUGUCCAUUAACAGUGCAAAAAAAAAAACUCUGUUGAAUUAAAGAUACGAUUUAGUUACAUUAGGGCACUAUGGCAAGAUCUAAAGGAAGUUAUGUUGCCAGGAAUAAAUGAACUAUUAAAAAAAAAAAAAAAAAAUAUAUAUAUAUAUAUAAUUUUUUUUAAUAGUGACAAGCAAUUUGGUAGUGGUGUUCAUUUAGUUAUAAUAUGAUUUUUUUUUUUUUUUAUAGAACACAAGUCUGUUCUUUGGUCAUUUGAAAUGCAUAGUUUAGCAUUCCUUGAGGUUUUAUGUAAAACACGGACUUAUCCCUUGUUGCGUACACCAGGCAUUAUCUAAACAGAGCUCAAAAUUUCAACUAGCCACUGGUAAAUGAUAAUUCAGCUCUGGCAAGUUGAAAUUCACCCCUACUAAGUGUGCAGUGAACCCUCCAGGCUUGCAGUGGUGAGUAUAAGGUUUGAGCCUGUCUAGUAGCAUAAAACUAUUUUGAGUCCUGGUAUAGUUGAUUUUGUUCUUAAACCUAUUUUUUUUUUCCCCACAUUCUGUUUUAUUGGAAUUAAGAAAAACAUACAUGGACGUCUCAUAGAAGUCUGAUAAACUGUAUUUGCAAUUUUUUUGCAAAGUGAAGUUAUGUGAUUUAGCAGACUAUAUCCAAAGGAACACUAUAGUGUCAGGAACACAAACCUGUAUUCCUGACCCUGUAGUGUUACAACCACUAUUUGGCCACCUCUUGCCUCCUUAAAAGAUUACUCGAAUUCAAGUCUGUUGGGUCUGUCUCUGAAGCUGUCUGCUGACAUCAGCAGAAGUGGUGGUCUGAGCCAGUCACAAUGCUUUCCCAUAGGAUUGGCUUUGACUGUCAAGGAAGUACAGUAGAUCAGGGGCAGAGCCAGCCCUGGUCAGUCAGUAUCUUUUUAUAGAGAUACAUUGAAUCAAUGCAUCUCUAUGAGGAAAGUUCAGUUUCUGCAUGCAGAGGGUGGAGACACUGAAUGUGGUAGUGCUGCUCACUGUGCAGUACUGACCCAGGAAACCCCUUCAUUGACUUGCCGGAGUCCAGCGACGACGUCCCUCGGUGCUGGAUCAGGCUUUGCCUACUCCCCCGCCCCAGCCAUUGGGGGAGACCUAAUGUGCAUGUGCGGCAAUGGCCGCACACGUGCAUUAGGCCUCCCCAAAUGAAAGCAUUAUUCAAUGCUUUCCUAUGGGGAUUUUGGCGAUGCUGGAGGUCCUCGCAUAGCGUGAGGACGUCCAGCGUCGUAUAACACACUUUUCGUGUUCUAAGAACACAGAAGUCCCUCUAGUGGCUGGAUGAUAAGUAGCCACUAGAGGAGGACUUAACUCUGCAAGGUAAUUAUUGCAGUUUGUAAAAACUGCAAUAAUUACACUUGCAGGGUUAAGGAUGUUGGGAGUUGGCACCCAGACCACUCCAAUGGGCAGAAGUGUUCUGGGUGCCUGGAGUGUCCCUUUAAGGUAAUAAAGGAAAGUAAUCUUAACUUGCUAUUACUUAAUGGGAGACAAUUAUGACAAGCUUUGUACAUUCAUAAAUUAUAUUCUGUAUUGUGAUUAAAUUGACAAAUGGCCAAGAUCCAGACAAUGCCUCUUAUUCCCUAUGGAAAUACUUAAUUUGUGUAUUAGCCUGGUCUGAAAUACUCAAACAAGGGUAUUGGACUUGCUUUGUUCUCCAACUAUGACUCUUAUUCCAUUUUAGUUUUUUCAGUCCCAUGUUGGAAUAAUUCUACAGUAGUUGGAUAUACAUGUUAUAAUCUAGGACAUUGUUGAGAACAUAAUUUCCUUCCCGCACACCAUCAAAUCUUCCCCAGGCCUAAAAUCCUUUAAGAGAUCCCUCUCUCCAUAUCUCAAAACAGAAUGCACCUGUCAUGGUUGAUUAUAUAUUUCUUACCUGUUCUAUGUUCCAUUUUUGUAUAUAUUGUGUAUGUGAAUUGUUUUUGUAUUUUAUUGCACCCUAUUGUAUCAAUGCAAUGUUUUGUGGACCCAGGACAUACUUGAAAAUGAGAGAAAUCUCAAGGUAUCCUUCCUGGUAAAAUAUUUUAUAAAUAAUAAUUUUGAGAUUUGCUCAUAGUUUGUUUAGGACUUCAUUAACGGUGCUAUUGAUCAAUAAAACGAUCAGUAGAUCAGUAAUGAUUGUACACAUAGAUUUGUGAGAAUUAUAGGACAUUGUGAUUAUGAGAUUAAUUUUUAUGAAUAGGUGAAUAUAAAUGCAUUAUUUAAAGCUAGAAAAAACGGAUUAGAAGGUGAAACUGAAUUUUUAGUUUUAGUGCUCUGUAUAGGUAACCUGUUAAAAAUGUGUAAAACGCCUAGUCCUAAAGAGGUGCUGCGUCUUGAAAAUUUUCAGAACUCAAAAAGUCCUGCAGUUUGCAAUUCCCAAACUAAGAAGUGACCAGCCCUUCAGGAUCUUCAAUUUUAAAGGGAUGUUUACAUUAUAGGGUUAAGUCCGCCUCUGGUGACUGUCACUAGAAGUUCUACUGCAACACUGACAGAGUAAAACUCGGUCAUUUGAUACAGAACCCUCCAUGCAUUUAUUCAAUUCUUGUGUGUGGGGAAGUUUGCAUGUGUGAUGCAUUCCCUGCGCAUGCACAUUAAGUCUCCAAUGUUUCACUUUGAUUGGCAUUGGAUUGGACCACACCAGAAGAGGAGAGGUAAGCUGCACUGAGGGAGUCUCUACUGAAAUGGAUCAGUAAAACUUUUUUUUUUUUUUUUUUUUUUUAAAAGGGGGUCCUGAUUAAGAGUAGGGAUACAAAUUUGUAUUCUGUUAACAUUUAAAUGGCAAGCACAGACUGUUAGCUGAACUACUAAUGUCUUAAUCCUUAUAAAUGGGCUUAUUAAUAAAACACCAGUCAUAAUAAACUGUAACCUAUUAUUGCACCAUUAGCCUGGAUUAACUGUUCAAAGGGCCCCGCGUCCCCAUAUUUCUGCCAUGUAAAAGGUUUAAAAAAAACAUUUAAACACUUACCUUAAUCCAGUGCAGGGGUUCCUCGACACUGGGUCGGGCUCCUUCUUCUCCAACAUCACUCAAUUGGGGAGGGCUAAUGCGCUUGUGCAGCUAGUGUCACAUAUGUAUUUGGCCUUUCCCCAUAAGAAAGCAUUGACUUAAUGCUUUCCUAUGGGUGUUUGCAACAUGCUAGACAUCAGCAUCGGUUUACAGAGUCAAACUUUGUGAAACGGCAGGAAGCACCUCUAGAAGCUGUCUAACACUGCAAUGUAAACUUUGCAGUUUCUCUAAAACUGCAGUGUUUUGCAUUGCAGGGUUAAUGGAACAGGGACACUGCAGACCUGGUAAUACCCUGUCAUGUAAUGCAGAAGCUCAUUGAAAAGCAUUGGCUGCAGUGGACCAGGGGAGGCCUGGAUGCAUUGGGAACAUUGGAUUGGACAAUCGCUGCAAUAGGCCAUGCCUCCUUAAAGACGUCGCUGGAGGCGGAGAGGUGAGCAGCGCUGAGGGGUCUCAGUACUAGAUGAUACAGGUAAGUAAACCCUUUAUAAUAAUUUUUUGUCAAGCUGUGGGUGUAGGAUGUAUUUAACUAGGGACACUAUAGUAUUAGCAAUAGUUUGUGUUCCUAAUGCUAUAGUGUUCAUUUAACUCACUCUGCAUACAGUGGGCAGGGUAGAGAUGAUGACAGAUGAGAACAACAGUUGUUGCUUUAAGGGUUUCUUUUUGUGGUUUAACUCUGGUUACUGUCAGUAUUGUAUGUGCUUUUGGCUGUGUCAGUAUGUCCUGCAGUACAAACACGAAGGUGGUGGAAAAGAAAAGGCAGUUUUUUUGUUUGUUUGUUUUUUUUUAAUUGCCUCUUACAAACUAGAUAAAAUUGAGCAUGCAGAGAAUAUAGCUAAUUAGGCUUUCUACUUGGUUCUUCCUCUUAUGUGGUCACUUUAGGAAUAGCCUUUUUACAUCUUCUCGUAAAUGACAUAUCAGAGCCCAUCAACAGUAGACGCACAAAUCGUGCAUCUAUACUUACUUUCAUCAGUGAUUUUUUUUUUUUACCUUCAAGAUUGUUUUAGUUUAAUGGCUUGAGUCCAUUUUAAAUGGGCUCUCAAACCACAACAGUUCCCUUUGGGAUAGAGGAUAUGACUGUGGUUACCAUUUGUAACCUUUUUCUGCUGAAAUUACAUAAUGUCAGCUUUUUUACUUUAUUUGUUGUCCCCCAUGUCAUUUGUGAUGAACACAUUCUCUUUCUUUGUUCCCCUUAUUAUGAUUUUGGCUUCUGUUUUUAUAAAAUUAACCUAUGUCUACUUUAAGCUGACCUUGUUAUCCACUUGUUAGAUAACAUGUCUCUUUUAAUAGCAUGGUGAUUUCUUUUCUCUUCUUCAGAAGAUAACUAGAAAUAGGUUGUGUAAAUGUUGCGGUGACUCCAUUCAAGUGCACUUAACUCCGGUUUGUGCAAAAGCAUUUUGCAGACUCACUAUCUGCGACACAACUCUAUUUCCAUUAGCUGAUAAUGUAAUUAGUUUAAUAGUAAUAUUUGGGAGCACAAUUCUGGUUCGAUUUGUUUAUUUUAUUUUUUUUAAUUUGCAGUGAAUUUCCUUUGAGUUGUCAAUGUCUUGGAUCUUGAAAUAAAUUUAAAGUGAAACAUAGCUUGUUUGUUUUAGGUGUAGUGUGGGGGGGGGGAAAUAUAUCUAUAUCUCUGACUAUAAUAAUUUGCUAAAUUCCGACCGUUAUGUUUAAUAUAUCAUCUAGGCCAGGGGUUCUCAACCCAGUCCUCAGGACCCCCUACCAGUCCAGGAUUUGGGGAUUACCUGGGUGUGUCUCAGGUGUUUAGAAAAAGGGAAAAAAACACCUUAGACUCUAAGGUGUGUGUGUUUGUUUUUUUUUGUUUUUUUUGACACACCCAUGUAAUCCCUAAACCCUGGACUGGUAGGGGGUCCUGAGGACUAACGUUGAGAACCCCUGAUCUAGGCGAAGCUUUGCUAUGAGAAAGGUUGCCAUUUUAUUUACAUCAUUCACUCUUACAUGGGUUUUAGUCAGUGGAUUAGAUCAGUAAAUGAGUGGGCAUGUCCAUGCAGCUGGUGAAUUGCUUCUUGUGGAUGGGAUCAGGAAUCUAACCCUGUUGUAAAACUUUCUCACCUCCAGUUAAUAUCAUAUUGCAUUGCUAUUUUUUAUUUUUUUUUCUAAUAACUACAAAAAAUAAAUGCUUGUACUUGGAGUGUAUUUACAAUGCUACCAAAUCUUUGUGCAUAACCAUCUUGUUUGACACUAAACACUUUUGUUCCCUCCCUCUCUCUCCCAGUUUGGAAGCCUAAAUCAACAGAUGCAGAUGAUGGGACAGGCCAUGGCAGGACCAAACAUAAAUGCUGGUUACUUUGGACAGCCCCAGUAUCCUCAAGGCGAUCCCUUAUGGGGUUAUUUCUCAGCUAUUGCUGGACAGGUAUGGUUUGCUGUUCAACAUGAUUUUUCUUAUAUGUCUCGUGUGACUAAUCUUAGCUGAGUGCACGAGCAUCAAAAAAUGUGCUUUUUAGCUUAUUGCGGUCAAAGGUAAUCUGAGAUAUAGCUUUACUGGUGGAGUUCUGUCACAAACUGCAGAGAAGUUAUCAGUGGAAAAGGGACACAAGUCCAUAAAGUUCAAUGUUUCAUAAGAUACCACACCCAAAAUAUAAGACUGAGCUCAAAAUUUUCACUAGCCACUGGUGAAUGAAAAUGUGUCUAGUAGUAUAGAACUUCAAUUUUUAAGUCCUGACAUAGGUAGUCAAACUGUUUAAGAAUGUUUCGACAAAUUACCUGGGUUCUGUUCUAAAAGUUCCUACACUGAAUAAAGCCCCCAGCAGUGCAGGGAGAUGCUCAUUGCCUCAGUGCACAGAUGCUGCUCUCAGCCAUUGAGCAAGCUUAGCUUAGUCUGUCUAGCUAUUUUUAAACGGUUUUACUACCAACAAUGUGUGGGCACUCCUGGCACCAUAACCAGUACGGUUAACUGUAGUGGUUUUGGUUCUUGACAUGUUCCUUUAAACGGUCUAUUUUGUAGAAGAGGACUGUAUUAAUGUUUUAAAGGAACACGCAAAAAAAGUUAUAUUUAUAAUGUUCAAUGUUGGUGUUUUCUUAAUUUAGGUUCAUUGCUAUUAUUAAAAUAUAUUUGAACUUGCCUGUAACCCAGUACCGGGAUGUUCUCCUUGCAGCCACCACUUCCUCCAUGAUGAGAUCAUCAGGAUUAAUAAUAUUUAGUCCAAUUCAAUGGUUCUCAUACAAAGGUAUGCGAAGUAUUGUGGACCUGUGAUGCAUGUGCUGCAGUUGCAAUUCUUUCAUAGGGAGAAGCAUUGGAUUUGUUUGGUGUCAUCAUGCUAUGCAUGAUGCUCUUAAAGUGGGAAGAGUCUAUAGUGGUUCUGUCUGAAAGCCACUAGACAUGUUUUUGGGCAAAUGUAAACACUGCUGUUUCUCAGGAAUCGCAGUGUAUUAGUGUUCCAGUAAAUUGGAAAACCUCUACUUCAAAACCAUUAAAAUUGGGUUGUUUUUGUGCUUAUUUUCUCUUUAACCCCUUAAGGACCAAACUUCUGGAAUAAAAUUUAAUUAUGGCAUGUCACACAUGUCAUGUGUCCUUAAGGGGUUAAGGGCACUUGUCUUCUGGCAGGUGUUGUAAGUUUGUCUGCUUUAUCUGUCAUCUAGUCACAUGACAAUUACUUUGGCUGUGACUACUUCUUAGUGCUGGUAAUCCCCAGCACAAGUGACAGGAAGCAAUUUCACAUUCCGUUGUUGAGCAGUGCCUGGUCACUGUUAAACCACAGUUCUAACCUUUUUUAUGAUUUAUAUAAUCUAGCUUAAAACUAUUUUAGGAGGCAGAUUGGUCUCAUCUAGAUCUGCAUUAUUUGUUUGUUUUUGUUUUUUCAGUUUUUUUAUUUUCUGUGCUUAUACAGUAUCUAUACUGAGUUUUUUGCUAAUAAAAUAUUACUUGUGUUAUAGGAUGGUGAAAUAGAUGCUGAUGAACUACAGAGAUGUUUAACACAGGCUGGCAUCCAUGGGACCUAUACUCGUAAGUGUACUAGUAAUCAAAUUCCAUUUUUGUAGAAUUGUGUCCGGUCUAUAUGGUUACAUGUAAGAAUAUUUAAAGGGACACUAUAGCCACAUAGACCACUCCUGUGUCCUGCAAAACCCCGUAGUAAAGCAUUGGUUCAAUACUUUCUUAUGGGGAUGGCCUGAUGUGCAGUGGAAUCUGAUCAAAUGGUUUUGUUUUUAACCCUUUCAGUACCACCGUUGGGGAGCAUAGAGACACUAUAUUGUUAGUUUAUUGGAUUUAAAUAGCUUCAACCUCUCCAGAGUUCUCAUCAUUUUCAAUUAUAUUAAGAAUUCUGCUUAUUUGAUAGAAAUGUCCCUUAUUAUAGAUAAAAAUUAUUUUUGUUUUCCCUCUCUCCCAUUCAUAAAACUGACCUGAAAACUUACACAUCUUUUCAAGUCCCUUUUACGAAUGGGGAUUCGCUAGCUGAGAGCGUCGGCUGACCUCUCUCAGCGAAUCAGAGCUAAUACUGUGCAAGCUUUUCGGUUUCUUGAUAUUUGAGAGAAUGGAAGAACAGAUGAGUAGAGAGAUCCGGUGCUGGUACACAAACUGUGGGGUUAAAACUGUUGAAUGGUUUCACCUCUAAAAGUGAUCAAGUGCCAAGGACCUCCUAGCGCCUUAACUUUAUUUUGAUUAAGUUGUUAUGGUGCCUUGAGUGUUCCUUUUAUUAGCUGCAACAGCACAUUAGAUGUUGGCAAAGACUCAUCCAGUUUCAAUAGAUACAUUGUCUGAUGGUGAAAGUCUACAUUUUGUGCAUGUCUUUUUUUUAUUUUUAUCCUUGUAUAUAGUUGUCUGUGGAAAGAUGAUUAUUCUAUCUUCUGUAUUUCUCAGAACUAGAGUGGCUGGUUGGAAAGGUUUUUGCUCAGUGUUGGAAAGUAAUUUGUGUGACACACCCCUCUAGAGUUUGAGUGCAAUGACUUGAGAAGGGAAAUGCGAUAAUGUAUGGGAAUGCUUCAGGACCUUUGAACUUUUACAUUUUUGACAUUUGUCUCUAGUGUAAUACAUGUUCAUAGUAAAUGAUUCUACUCUCUCUUAAUUAGCUGCAAUUCUGGUAAUCCUCAUUUGUAUUAUCAUCUCCAUGCUCUCUGCAUUUGAAUUUUUAUUGAUUUCAGUGAAGAUUCUGCUCAGGAUCUGAACUUGCGCACAAAGAACUAAAGUCUUUUUUGCUGCCACAAAUGUCUCUUAAGUUGCUUUAUUGCAAAUGCAUAUAAAUAAAACCUAAUCUGUUAAUUUACAAACUAUCACAUUUCAGUUGUCUGUCCUGUCAAUGCUAAUGCCAAAGAUGGCCCAUGUUGUUUUUUUUUUUUUUUAAUAGGUUGCAAGCAUUAACCAGAAACCAAAAUAGAUUACUCUGAUCUUGUCAAGACAGUGCUUAGUAUUAUACAUACAAUAACAAAGACUAGCCACUAAAUGCAAAGUUGGGUCAAAAUAUAUGUCAAAACGGGUAGUCUGACAACUGUGCCAUUUUGUCUUUUCAGCUUUCAGCUUGGAAACUUGCAGAAUCAUGAUAGCCAUGCUGGAUGUAUCCUUUGGAAAUAUUAUAAAGUGUUGCCUAAUGGGCAACUACUUAUUUACUAGUUGUGUUUUAGUUGAAAUAUAAAUGUAUAGGUAAUCCUAGGAGUCUUGUGAAUGAGUUCAUAAUGUGUUUUUUUUUUUUUUUUAUUCUUUAUUUUUGGUUCGACACAUAUUACAGCAUUGCAGUAUACAGUGGCUUGCGCAGGGGCUGUUGGUGAUUUGAGGCUAACAUACGAGUUUGUAAUUUUGAUAUUACAAUGGUUUGCUGAAGUAUGACAUCCCACAUAUUAAAGGGACGCUAUAGCUUAAUGUAGUUGUUCUGGUGAGUAUUUAAACACUGCUUUCAAGCAUUGUAAUGCAAACACUGCCUUUUCAGAGAAUAGGCAGUGUUUACAUUGCCCUAGGGACACCUUCAAUGCAUCUCUGAGGAGGUGCUGAUUGGCCAAAUCUGUGUUUCACAUGUGUGACAUGUCAUGAUUCCCUUUAAUUCCAAAAGUUUGGUCCUUAAAGGGUUAAAGGGACAAUGUAGGCACUAUAACCAUUUUAGCUUACUGAAUUGGUUAGGGUGCCUGGGAUCCCCUGGCACUAUCCCUCCAUUCAGUAUUGUAUUAUUUGAAUAGUUUAACACUAAAUGAAGGACUCAAUCCCCCACUGAAAGUAUGGCUAAUACAGAUUACAUAUUUCAUUCUCGGAAUACCAAUUCAUACAAGCAAUAGCCAUAUUAUAGGUUGAAAGCAGCCAUCUGACACUUUUAGCCAAGUAUUGCUGCUGAAUGUGUCCUUAAACCGGAAUCUCUCUUUUCCUCUGGUUAGCUUGGAAACGUGGCUUGAACACAUCAGAUAUAAUAGUCAUUUAAGUAUUAUGUAAUGCAAAUAACGUGUACUUGCUUGGGGCCAAUAUCUAAUUUUAUAGUACAUUGCUAUUUUCGUGAAGGAACCACCUGGCACAGAAAAUACAAGUGCUAGCAAAAUGAGUAACUCAGAUUUUCUGGUAAUGUUCUUUUAUUUUUUUGUUUGUCUGUGUACUUAAUUUAUGCAUCAUCUUUAUUUUUAUGUGUAUGCACUACAAAUGUAUUUUUAUAUUUUUUUUGUGUGUGUGCUUUUAUUAAGUAAUGGUUUAUUCAUUUUUUUUUUUUUUACUGUUAUACAAUGCUUGUACUUGGAGUUGUACUUGAGUUUUUAAUGUAUUGGGCACCCCAUUUUUCAAAUGGUCGUAGUGGUGGCAGCUUUUAUACUAGUUAUAAGUAUGGAUGGUGUCAAGGGGUUAUUUUGGGCCUAGAGCAAACAUGGAUUUUUAACUGUUAUACCCACUGAAGGAAGUCGCGUUCCACCUUGGAUUGGUAGUGUCUUGACACAAGAGGAGUCCAGACACUAUAACUAGUUUGAAAUGAAACCGUGUCUGCAUUCCCUUUAAAGUGAAAGGUGAAUAACGUGUGUUGUACUUUAGUUUUUCAUUGAUUUUUUUUUUUUUUGUUUGUUUUGUUUAGAAUGUAAUCUCUGUAUAUAUCUUCUGUGAUAUUGUCCCAUAACUCACAGAUCAGUGUGUGUUGCAUAUAUUAAAGGAACACUAUAGUCACCUAAACAUCUUUAGCUUAAUGAAUCAGUUUUAGUGUGUAGAUCAUGCCUCUCAGGUUUUACUGCUCAAUUCACUGCCAUUUAGGAUUUAAAUCACUUUGUUUCUGUUUAUGCAGCCCCUGUCACACCCCCCCGGCUAUGAUUGACACUGCCUACAUGGGGAAAAAUGGCUUUACUUUCAAUCACAUGUAAUUUACGUUAAACAAUUUUAUCUCCUGCUCUGUAAAUUGAACUUUAAUCACAUAGGUGGCUCGUGCAGGGUCUAGCAAGCUAUUAACAUGGCAGGGGAUAAGAAAAUCUAAAUUAAACAGAACUUGCAAUAAACGAAGGAUAAACAUUAGAUGAUUCUUUACAGGAAGGGUUUAUGAAGGCUGUGCAAGUCACAUGCGGGGAGGUGUGACUAGGGUUCAUAAACAGUGAUGUAACUCCUAAAUGGCAGAGAAUUGAGCAGUAGACUGCAUGGACAUGUUCUAUACACCAAAACUUCAUUAAGCUAAAGUUUUGUUUUGUUGACGAAUAGUGUUCCUUAAGUAUUGACUGUGUAGCUAGUAUGUUGGGACUCUGCUGUUGGUAUUUAACUCUGUUAUGUUUGUGUCGAUUACAUUUUUUUGUUCUUCAGAAUAUAAUCGUUAGAGCUGUUGCUUUUGUAAUGUUUUAUUCAUGCUGUGCUCUUAAAUGCUAUUUGUUUUAAUUUUCAUUGUUUAUAAUGCUCCCCUUCGUUUUCUGCCCUCCUUUAUCUGUAGUAUAGGGGAGGGGGUGAUGCACACUGCCUGUCUUGUUUAUCUAUUGCCUUAUGUUUCACAUGUAUGGCACAGCUGCCCUGGGAUUUUCCUCUCUAACAUAUGCUUUGCCAUUAUGCAUGUUUUAUGUUUUGUCUUUCUUUUUGGAGUGUGGGCUAGGAGUAAAGUUUGGGUUAAGCAUUUUGUGUACUAGUCUUCCUGACAUUAGUGGGAGUUACACUCCUGAACACCAAAUAUUUGUAGCUGCUGUCAUUACUUUAACUCUGCAGAGGUGCUGAAUUUAUAAGGUGGCCCCUACUGCUUGUAAAUUUACAGGCUUAGUCACUAAAAUCUAAAUGGCCCCAUACUGAACUGGACAAAACUGCUGGUUGCCUAUAGGACCAUUUGAUCUGCGAAAUCCAUACAUUGCUCACAUUAAAAAUGUCCAGAUCUUCAGUUCAGGCUGUGAAUGAGCUUUGAACAUGGUCUCUUUUUCAGCUGUACCAAAAUCUUCAAAUCCAUUCCUGGAUUUAAAAAAAAAAAAAUUCUGGCUAGCUCAACCAUUGAUUGAUUGAUUAAGGGAUAAUUGUGCGCAGGCUGGUCACAUAAUUUUAAAAGUAAACCAACACUAUGGAGUUUGGUCGGUAAGUCCCUGAUCCUCUUGAUUCCCCCCCCUCCACCCCCCAUUAAUUUGUUUAACUUUAUUUUGUCUGGCAAGCUGCCACAUAAUUAAUCCUUGCACUGCUAAAUUAUUUUUUUUAAUAUGGACACCAAAUGCUUCCAGACGAUUGCUGCAGGUUAGCUAGGCCCGACCAAAUUCCUACUGUAAUUGACUGUAGUCAACAUGAGAAUUGUUAUCGCAGUAAGAAUUUGGUAAUUUUCACUGUUUUUGUCCAUCUAGACAGAAUCUGGUGUUUUAGUGAAUAACUCAGAGGAUCACUUUACACAGAGCUUCAGGAGCUUCUUUUGUUAAUUGCAGUUUAGAAAAGUGCCAAUUUUCAUUUGGAAUCUAGGAGACCAGGAGGUGUUUCUGCAUUUUUCAUGUUGGCCAGGGAGGUUCUUUCCAAUUCUGUUGGCUUUACAGUAAUGAACGUGGCAAGCAUGCUCUAGCCUGCCCUCACCCCCAAGUCAGAAUGUGCCUGUGAGCACACAAGCGUCCACAGGGCUCAUUUUACCUGAGCAUCCUUGGCUAAUCUUUGUCCACCUAAUGGUCUAAUCCAAUGCUCCUCCUAGAGUAUAAUUGGGGACUAAAAGUGCAUGCCAUUGUCAUUGAGCUGAAUUUUAGCCCAACUUUAACAAAUUGGUUUACUCAAUAAACUGAACAUGCAAAUUGUUGAACCUGGAUUUCCAAGCUUGCAUCAGUGUGUGUGUGUGUGUGUGUGUCCCCUUUUCAAGUUCAAUGUUCAGGCUUAAAUAUAUAUAUAUAAUUCUUUAACUGCGUGCUGCCAGAUUGAUCACACCGGUAAACUGGGAUUCAAUGAAUUUAAAGAAUUGUGGGGCUCUCUGAGUGCAUGGAAACAACACUUCUGUACAUUUGACCAGGACAGAAGCGGAACAGUGGAACCACAUGAGUUCAGCCAAGCCAUUAUGGCAAUGGGUAAGAAGCAUUUAAAAUGCCUAAUACUGCUUUGCUCUUCGAAUGUCAUUGUGGGUUUUUUUUUUGUUUGUUUUUUUUUAACCCCUUCCCGACCGAGGACGGUUCAGGACCGUCAUUGGCAUUUUUGGCUUGCUGACCGAUGGCGGUCCUGAACCGUCCUAACGGUUUCCGUUACUUACCUGAUCGCCGUCGUUCCCCCGGCGGCGAUCAGCGUGGCUCCGAUUGUGGGGAGACUGCCUGCAGCCCAGACAGUCUCCCCACACUGAAUUAGGACCCCUGUGGCCAUGUGAUCGCUUAACACAGCGAUCACAUGGUCACAAUAGGUGUCCAUAGUGCUGCCUGCAGGGGGACUGUCUGUGCUGACAGGCAGUCUCCCUGCUAGUGUAAAAUCAAAAAAUAAAAUAAAGUUAAUGUUAAUAAAAAAAAUAACUAUAUAGGUGUAUAUAUGAUAGACAUAUAUUAUAUCUAUAUAAUAUAUAUAUAUAUAUAUGUGUGUAUCUAUAUAUCAUAUAUGUGUCUAUAUAUCAUAUAUGUCUAUAUAUAUAUAUUGCCAUACUAAGUGUAUUUUUAUAUUAAUAUGUACUUAUAUUAAUAUAAAAAUACACUUAUAAUUAAAUUACACGUGUGUGUGUAUAUAUAAUAUAUAUAAUAACUAUAUAUAUUGUGUGUGUGUAUAUAUAUAUUAUUAUAAAAUAUAAAUAAGUUAAAUUAAAUAUUUUUUUUUUAAAUAAUAAAUAUUUUAAAAAAAUUAUAUCUAUAUGAAAUUUUAUUCUAACUGUAUUUUAAAAUUAAUAUAUAUAUUUAUAUCAAAAUACACUUAGAAUGAAUUUGUAUAUAUAUCUAUGUAUAUAUAAAUAAAAAUAAUACAAAAUAUACAUAUGUCCAUAUACAAAAUUACAUAAAUAAUUAUAUAAAUAUACACGUAGACUUCAAAUAUAUAAAUAUGCAUAUAUAUUUAAAUUCUACGUGCGUAUUUAUGUAAUAUUUUACAUAAUUAAGUAAUUUUAUUGAUUGCAAUUUGAGGGACCUGCCUGCCAACCCAGGCCAAAAGUCCAGAGAAUUUAAUUUGCUAGCACUGUAUUUUACCCUGUAACGUUCUACGACACCCUAAAACCUGUACAUGGGGGGUACUUUUUUACUCGGGAGACUUAGCUGAACACAAAUAUUAGUGAUUCAAAACAGUAAAACAUAUCACAGCGAUGAUAUUGUCAGUGAAAGUUACUUUUUUGCAUUUUUCACACACAAACAGCACUUUUACUGAUGAUAUAAUUGUUGUGAUACGUUUUCCAGUUUUUAAACACUAAUAUUUGUGUUCAGCGAUGUCUCCCGAGUAAAACAGUACCCCCCAUGUACAGGUUUUAUAGCAUUUUUGAAAGUUACAAGGUCAAAUAUAUGGGUCAAAUAUUUUUACAUUGAAAAUGGCCAGGUUGGUUACGUUGCCUUUGAGAGCGUAUGGUAGCCCAGGAAUGAGAAUUACCCCCAUGAUGGCAUACCAUUUGCAAAAGAAGACAACCCAAGGUAUUGCAAAUGGGGUAUGUCCAGUCUUUUUAGUAACCACUUGGUCACAAACACUGGCCAAAAUUAGCGUUCAAUUUAGUUUUUUUACUUUUUUCACACACAAACAAAUAUGAAUGCUUACUUUGGCCAGUGUUUUCGACUAAGUGGCUACUAAAAAAGACUGGACAUACCCCAUAUUGAAUACCCUGGGUUGUCUACUUUAAAAAAAAUAUGUACAUGUGGGGUGUUAUUCAGAGAUUUAUGACAGAUAAUAGUUACAAUGUCACUAUUGAUAAAUUUUAAAAAUGUAUGUUUUGAAACCGCAAUAUCCUACUUGUACCUAUAGCCCUAUAACAUGCAAAAAAAAAGCACGUAAACACUGGGUAUUUUUAAACUCAGGACAAAAUUUUUAAUCUAUUUAGCAGUUUUUUUCAUUCGCUUUUGUAGAUGAGUAAAAGAUUUUUCAAGUAAAAGUCAAAAAACAUGUAUUUUUUUUCAAUUUUUCAUCAUAUUUUUUUAUUUUUUUUAAAUUAAAAUACAUGAGAUUAUAUAAAUAAUGGUAUGUAAAGAAAGCCCCUUUUGUCCUGAAAAAAACAAUAUAUAAUUUGUAUGGGAACAGUAAAUGAGAAAGCGGAAAAUUACAGCCAAACACAAACACCACAAAAGUGUAAAAAUAUGCCUGGUCGCAAAUGUACAACAUCGCAAAAACAGUCCAGUCCUUAAGGGGUUAAAUGUUACCUACUUUAGAAAUGGUGUGGGUGAAAGGAAAAAUAGGAAUUAAAAAGUUAUUUAUUUUUUAAAAGAAUUGUCCUACUUACUGUAGACUUGUGAACUACAACCUUUCCUGAUUUUGGGGGUGUUGGGUUUUUGGAUACUGGUCUUUUCAGAAACUGAAAUACAUUAAGGUGGGUGACAUUACCUGGGUUUUAAAAGGAAAAACAAAAUGCAGUGAUCUAAAAUACCUUUUCAAAGGGUAACUGACACGUCUAAGGAUUUUUAAUGUUUGGUUUACAUAUCCCUAUAUUUAACAAAUGUGUGAGGUGUAAACAAUCCGGUACUGAGUGCCCACGUCUUAGCUCCCUGUCACUCAGUGUUAUAAGCUCUGUCCUUUGCUCUUGGCAGUCCGCAUAGAGGAACGCUUUGCCUGGUCCUGGAAUAUAAAAUAACAUGCUAAUUUUUUUAUUAUUAUUUUUUUUUAUUAAACUCCUUUUCUAGGUUACAGAGUAAACCAUCAGACCCUGAAUGUUCUUCUAAAACGUUACAACAAGAACGGCAGAAUAUAUUUUGAUGACUACGUUGCAUGCUGUGUGAAGUUGCGGGCUCUGUCAGGUAAGCAGAGUUUACAUUGUGUAUGUGUAGCUAUUAAAAUAUACCCACAUAAAUUAAUUACCCUAUACCACUCUUUCAUCUUUUUUUUGUCGUAGAAAAUGCAUGUCUGGUAGCCUUUUAAAAAAACUAAAUUUUCUGAUUAUCUACAUUGUACUUUUAUUACUCUCUGUCCUGAUGGUAUUUAAAGAACCAGGAAUGUCUGACCUGUAGAUUAAUAUUUAUAUAAAAUGUAUCCUUUGAAGAUUUCAAGUGAUUAUCUACCCUGGCCACUGCAUCAUUAUCUUUGAUAAAGAAUUUGAGACAGAAAUACAUUGAUAAAUGGUGUAUUGAAACCAAGGUUACUUUCUAGGUUACCUGGUGAUUCUAAUGAAAACAUAGAUACCAGAAAUACAUUAAAGGGACAAUAUAGUCACCCAAACAAUUGCAGCUUAUUGUAUUUGUUCUGGUGAGUAGAAUCAUUCUCUUCAGGCUUUAUGCAGUAAACACUGUCUUUUCAGAGAAAAUGCACUGUCUACAUUACAGCCUACGGAUACCUCUACUGGCCACUCCUCAGAUGGCUGCUAGAGGUGCUUUCUGUGUCAGUGAGUGUUUCCACUCUCUGCAUGGAGACACUGCACUUUCUUCAUAGAGAUGCAUUGAUUGAAUGCAUCUAUAAGAAGAUAUGCUGAUUGGCGAGGGCUGUGUUUGGCUUGUGCUGGCUCUGCCCCUAGUCUGCCUCCUUGAGUCUUAGCCAAUCCAAUGUUUUUCUAUGGGAAAGCAUUGUGAUUGCCUUUGAGCAAUACUUCUAAUGAGGUCAUCCAAGCAGGCAGAUCAGGAACAGAGCCAGCAGCAACAGACUGGAGUAAAUGGUGUUUUUAACACUAUAGGAUCAGGAAUACAUGUUUGUGUUCCUGAUCCUAUAGUGUUCCUUUAAGAAUGUGCACUAGCUUGGAGAGUAAAAAAGGGUUUAACUGGGUCACAUUAGGACAUUCACUUAACUACGCAAAUCCAUGUCAAUUCCCAAUUCAACCCAUAUUAUGAAUAUGGUAGUCCUCUCUCCUUAUUAAAAUGAAAGGGAUGCUAUUACAGCUUAAUGUAGUGGUUCUGAUGUAUAUGGCAUGUCCCUGCAGACUCAGCAAUGGAAGCACUGCCUUUUCAGAGUAAAGGCAGUGUUUAGAUUGCUGACUAGUAUUACUUCUAGUGGCAGUCAGACGCUGAACGCUCCCCAUAGAGAUGCGUGUAUUCAAUACAUCUCUGAGGAGAUGCUGAUUGGUGCAAUUUGCCACGUAUGUGCACUAGCCUUCCAAUGCCUCAAGAGUGAUCUCAACCAUGGAUGCGGGGCCAGCUGUGGUAAUGGAGAAAAGGUAAGUAAGAUACCUUUACACUCCAUUCGGGGGAAGGGGAGGUGGAGAUGAAACCUAUAACAUAUAGUCCCUAACUAUAUUGUUAAAAAAGGGAACACAUUCUCUUUAAAAUAUUCGGGAAAUCAAAGAAGUCGAGAAACAAGGGCCAGACUUCGUAGGCAAAAUAAAACAUGAUCGUAACUUGGAUGUAAGCAAGGUACAACAUUUUGUUUGAUUUAUCUUUUUUUGCCAUUAACUUACAGAUGUCUUCAGGCGAAGAGACAGCAUGCAGCAAGGGUUUGUCAACUUUGUAUAUGAUGAUGUAAGUUUUCAAUCAGAAUUCUGUAAUUUCUAAUGUAACACUUUUGCAGUGAAUGUUUAAGAACCAUGGCAAAAUAGAAUGUAACUCUGGAUCCUGCUAUGCUGAGAUGGCUUCAGUAUUCUACACUGCAUGCUAUUAACCUCUCCAUGCACAGCUCACACUUUUAAAACCCUUUCAGCUAUUUGGCAAUUGUCAAGAAUUUAGUUGUUUUUAAAUUGUUAGACCAAAAUGGCUGAGCUAAAAAUACAGUUGACAUAGGGUCUAGGGGUAUGAUUCUCGCUUUGGGUGCGAGAGGUCCCGGGUUCAAAUCCUGGACGAGCCCAAGCAUUCUGUGUUUUUCGUUUAGAGGGACAAAGGUUUAAAAAUAUCAGGAAGUAUUACUUUACUGAGAGGGUAGUGGAUACAUGGAAUAGCCUUCCAGCUGAAGUGGUAGAGGUUAACACAGUAAAGGAGUUUAAGCAUGCGUGGGAUAGGCAUAAGGCUAUCCUAACUAUAAGAUAAGGCCAGGGACUAAUGAAAGUAUUUAGAAAAUUGGGCAGACUAGAUGGGCCGAAUGGUUCUUAUCUGCCGUCACAUUCUAUGUUUCUAUAGACCAUACAAUAUCAAUUAUUUUAAACACCCAUUGUGCUGUGCACACUGAUGCAAUUCUUAUAAGAGAACGCGCGUGAGCAUGCCUGGACAGUCAUUGUGUGAGAGUCCUCCUAGAUUGCGUGUGUUUUAUUUAUUCUCCCUGUGACAAUGGCAUUGACUAUUCUUAUAAAUCCUAAUAGAAUGUAUUUUGCUUGAAGUUUUUGCAGUGCACCAUGUCAAUCUGAAUUUUAUGACUCCAAUCCGAUCGUGAAGAAUGGCAUUACAAUCCAACAUGUGAAUUCUUCUGUUUGGAAGGAACCAAGUGACCCUCAUGUGAAUCAAGCUAUUGUAGAACUUCAUAUUCCAUUUUUUGUUACAAAUCCGUUGGUAUACAUAAAACUUUUUUUUUUUUUUUUUUUUAAGUGCACAAGUUAUUACAUUUUAAUAGUUAUUUUGUAUUUUUUUUAUUUUUUUUUAUAUAUAAAUAGGCCAAAUGAAGUUAAUAAACCUGUCUUUACAUAUAUGCGCCUAAUGGAUUUGUGCCACCUUAUUUUGAAAGUGGGGGGGAGGAGGGGAAUGCAUGUUUAGUAUAACUGGUGUAUAUUCUGAUUAUUGGGUGAUUUCAAGCUGAAAUGCUAGUAAGAUUAAUAAAUGGACUCCCUGUUUGGUCUCCUAUAUUAUUUCUCUAAACUUUCUAAAGUUUUUGUGCCUGCCAUAUUAUCCGCUCAGGGGUUUGAGUUCAUUUCCCCUAGUCAUUUUGGAUACACGAACUGUUUUUAAUAAGCAAAACGUUGGCUCUUGUGUUCCUUUUCUCUACUUAGCCAUAUUGGUUUGCCAAUUCUAAUAAUUUUACAUGAACGUGUUAGGUCAAAUUAAUACACGCUGUUAAUUAGUUAGAGGUGCUAAUUAAUCACUGGUGAUUUUAUUUAAUUGUACUUGCAAAUAAUAUGGAAAAUACUAAAACAUUAGAAGAAUGUGUGCACUUGGGUGACGUUUUAAAGGACUUGCAUUUAAAUAUACAGUGAAAAGAACCAUAUUUUUUUUUUUUUUUCUCCAAUUUGACUUGUGUUUUGCUAUAUAUUUUUUGCUUUCAAAUGAACUUCAUCUACAUUUAAUAAUUAAAACUGAUGUACCGCACCUAUUUUGGAGGUUAUAUAUGUUUUUGGUUUUUUUUUUAAAGUAAACUACACUUGCCGAGUUUGUAAUAACGUACUUGUAACGUGCAUCAUCAUCCUUUCAGUUUUGCGGAAAUAGAUACAUGUCUGUUGCCAUAACCAUGACAAUGUUCAGGCAAAAAAUGUACUGGGUUUUCUUUCUACACAAGCAACACUGUUGUGAUGGAAUGUUUCUGGUCUUCCCACUAGAUAAAGUAUGUGUUUUCUGAACCGAAUUUUAGAAUUUUCAUACUUUUUGCAGUGUAUGUAUCCUAUUGGGUGGGCAUACUAGAUUUUCUUUUAUUAUUAUUUUAAAGAAUUUAGUGCUAAGUUCUGUAACGUAUGGCUUAAAUUAUUUAAAAUGUCGUUCUCACUCCUUUCUACAACAAAGCGAAUGCAGUUAUUGACUAAAUAAAUUAUUCUACAGUCAAUGUGAGUGAAUAUUUAUUUUCAAUAUCUUGUGUUUUUUUUUACUUUUUUGCACAUCCAUGGUAAAGGCUGCUCACUUUAACAAUACCAUCAGAACUACAGUCCUGGAAUAGAAAGGUCAGACCUUUCUCACUUUUAUUCUAAAUAUCAAAUACAUGUGUCCUUUUUCGUGUUUGUAUUUUUUGGUUGUCCC